ACUAGGUGGCGAUAUGCAUGCAAUCGCUAUAUUUGCUAACCGGUUGUAGAAACCAGAUAAAAACAAAAUAACUGUCAGAUUUUAGUCCUCCCUGACAUAAAAACGGAUAUUGUAUGACAGUAUUAUUAAAUUAAUAGAAUAAGUUACAUAUAUUUAAAGCGAGCGCCACAUGACAUAACCGGAAAUGACGUGACUCGGAGCGACUUUGGAACUGUACCACAAUGGAAGCGGUGACAUCCAGCAGACCGUACCACAUCAUUGUUUUCGGUGCUUCGGGCUUCACUGGCAAGUUUAUUGCGGAAGAAGUGGCAAGGUACGCGGCGGAAAGUUCUGGAAACGACCGUCUAACAUGGGCAGUGGCUGGGAGAAGCCGAGCCCGUCUGGAGGCAGUGCUAAAGCAGGUGGCUAACAAGCUAGCGAUGCCAGAAUUGAGGUCUGACGUUGAUAUCAUCAUAGCAGACGUCUCCGACAAAGAAUCUCUGGCCGUCAUGUGCCAACAGGGCCUGGUUGUUCUCAACUGUGUGGGUCCAUACAGGUUUCAUGGCGAGCCGGUUGUCGCCGCGUGCGUGGAGAACGGCACUCACUAUAUCGACAUCUGUGGAGAGCCCCAGUUUCUGGAGAGCAUGCAGCUGCAGUACCACACUAAGGCUUUGGACAGAGGAGUCUAUGUGAUCGGUAGCUGUGGCUUUGACUCCAUACCAGCAGACCUGGGCAUUAUUUACACUCAGACACACUUUAAAGGGACGCUGACUGCAGUGGAAAGCUUCCUGACUAUAAACUGCGGGCCUCAGGGUACUUGCGGCCAUGAUGCAACAUGGCAGUCGGCCGUGCACGGCUUUGCUGACAGUAGCUCCCUUCGCCAGCUGCGGAGGAAGUUUGGCUACAAGCCGCUGCCUGUGGUGGGAACCAAAGUCCGUCCGAGAGGUUGUGUGUUUUUCAGCAAGGAGAUUAUGCAAUAUGCCAUCCCGUUUAUGGGUUCAGACCCCUCCGUGGUCAAGAGAACACAGCGUUUCCUUUUUGAGGAGGAACAUCGUUCCCCAAUCCAGUAUUGUGCAUACGUUGGGGUGGGGGGCCUCCUCUCGCUUGUCAAGCUCGUCUGUGGUGGACUGCUCUUCUGGAUCAUGGUCAAGUUCAGCCUGGGCAGGAAGCUCCUUACCACGUUUCCAAGGUUUUUCUCCUUCGGCUUGUUCAGCAAGGCUGGUCCAACGAUGAAACAGAUAGAAGACACCUGCUUCAGCAUCAUGUUUUUCGGUGAGGGCUACUCGGAGGGUACAGACCCUUCACAAGGACCACCCAACGCCAAGAUCUGCACUCAGGUCUUGGGAGCAGAACCUGGUUAUGUGGCUACAGUGAACGCUAUGGUCCAAGCAGCAGUCACUCUGCUGAAAGAAAGACACUCUCUUCCCAGGAGGGGUGGAGUUUACACACCAGGAAGCGCCUUUUACAAAACCAGCCUCAUCGAUCGCCUUCAUAACCAUGGCUUCAAGUUCUCUGUGAGAAACUACCAGGAACCACCUCCACAUGAGCAACUGUAAAGGUCACACCACAGGACUUCGCAGAACCCACCCACGACCACGCCUACUCUGUUAUAGUCAAAAGGUAGGUCUCUAGCUCCACAUGUAAACAAAAACCUUACUAUUUUACUAUCUAGGGGUCGGUAAUGCUACUGUAAUGUUUCGGUGAAACACACAAGCACCAGAAGCAAUAUUUUAUUGUGGCCGUUACCCACAGAAAUACUGAAAUUACUGACAUUCGACGUCACUUCCUGUCUGUCCCUUACUCAUUCGAGGUCACUUCCUGUCUGUCCCUCAAGCACGUCCCCAUAGGGAACACAUUUAUAGCAACACACACUAGCAUGAGAGUCUUAUUUAUUAUGUCUUAAAAUGGCGUACUUAGUCUUAUUUUGUCUACUAUGUUGGAUAAUAAGUGUGAUAAUCAAUGUGGUUAGCGCGCAGGCCACACAGCUAGGAGACCCCCCGAGUUCAAUUCCACCCUCGGCCAUCUCUACUAGCACCAGAAGCGUUAGGCUUUUCACGCGGGUUGGUUGUGGUUGUUACCCACUGAAACAUUUGGCGUCACUUCCUGUCUGUCCCUUACUCACGUCCCCAUAGGGAACACAUUUAUAGCGACACACACUAGCAUGAGAGUCUUAUUUAUUAAGUCUUAAAUGGCGUACUUAGUCUUAUUUUGUCUACUAUGUUGGAUAAUAAGUGUGAUAAUCAAUGUGGUUAGCGCGCAGGCCACACAGCUAGGAGACCCCGAGUUCAAUUCCACCCUCAACCAUCUCUGUGUGGCGUUUGCAAGUACAUGUCACAAUGAUGAAUGUGUUGGAGCACUUUUCACUCUUUAAUGAAAUAAAUAUAAAAUAUUGUGUAUGUAGUAUUAACUAGGGAUACCACAUGAGGAAUAUUUUUAAUCGGAAUAAUCACGGUUUUCAAAUUAAUCAAUCAUGAUUAAUCACGAUUUGUAACUAUGAAAAGAUGCAUUUUCUUGCUCAAUUUUUUUUUUUUUAGGCUGCAGGGUGACCCGAGUGGUUAACACGCAGGCCUCGCAGCUAGGAGACCUGUGUUCAAUUCCACCCUCGUCCAUCUCUGUGUGGAGUUUGCACCUUCUGCGUGAGUUUUCGGUACAUGUCUCAAUGAUGAAACGUUAACUGUUGGAGCACUUUUCACUCUUUAAUGAAAUAAAUAUUAAACAUGAAAUAUUGUGUAUGGAGUAUUAACUCGGGAUGCCACAUGAGGAAUAUUUUUAAUCUGAAUAAUCACGGUUUUCAAAUUA